AUUCUCAAAGCUAUCCUGUAAUGAAAAAGAAAAAGUAAAUAAAAAAGCUUCCUUUAUUCAUUAUUUAUAUACCCCUCACGUUUCCCACUUCUUUUCCACACUUUUACUUCUUUCUUCUUCUUUCUUCUCUGAAACGAAAUUGAAACCCAAUCAUCCAACAUCACAAACUGGCUCUACCCACUAUGGAAGCUUUCAGCAUGCUCAACUUCUGGCGAAUCACACCCGCUGCUGCUGCUGCUGCUGAAUCCACCUUUGAAGAACAAGAACAAGAAGAAGAUGAAGAAAUAGAAGACUCAUUCUUCGACUUAGAAUUCGGACUCCCAGCUUCCAAAGGAACCCAGACUCCAGCAGAUUCCAUCGACGACGAUUCUCCCACCAAGUUACAAACCACCAAGCCUCUCUCUCCCACCUCCUUCUUAUUAACAUCCCCUCCGAAAUUUCCUGUCUUUAUGCUCUUUAAGAAGUCCAAAUGUCGACGUGAAGAAGUCAAAUCUGAAGAGGAAUUAGAAGAGGUCCGCAUUUCGUCGAUUCUACAGGGAAUCCAAAGUCCAAAGAGGAAAUACCAUAAACAGAACUCAAUCUCCAAGAAGAAGAAACUGUUGCUGGGUAAAGAUAUGCUCACUAGAUACGCCAAACUAAUUAAACCUCUGUACGUCAAAGUUGUUUCUAGACGUACGUACGGCGAGUCAGUCAAAAUUUCAGACGAAAAUACCACGACCACGACCACGACGGGGAAGCCUUCAGUUGCUAAUUUAUGUUCGCCGAUGAGAAAAUCAGGAGAUGAGAAACAGGGUCCAAUAUCAGUUCCGGGUGCGGGUCUUAGAGUGGUAUGUAAACAAUAUCUAAGGAAAAGCUUAAACGGGUCGUCGUCGUCUGGUAUGGUUCCGAUUCCGAUUCCGGCGAGGAGAGAUGACAGGUUGAUGGAACAACAUGAUGGAAUCCAGGGCGCAAUUCUUCAUUGCAAGAGAUCUUACAACAACUCCUCCUCAUCAUCAUCGUCAUCUGGUAAUUAAUUGUUUUUAUUUAUUUAUAAAAUUAAUAAAAUUGUUUGUAAUAAUAAUGAUUUAUUAUUAUGAAUAAUGCAGAGUUUUGUAUGAUUUCGGAUAGAAAGAAAACAAUAUUGGAAGAGAAAAGGUUCAGUAUCUGAUGAGAGAGAAAGAACAAAUGAAGGAAGGAAGGAAGGAAGUCAAGUCUCUGUCUUUGACGGGGAGAAGACCAGUCACUACUCAUUAGAAAGAGAAAUACAAAACAACAAAAAUCAAAGCUUUUGCUUUUUUUGGUGCAGAAGAAAGAAGAAGAAGAAGAGUACAGAUUUCAGUUUUGUUUUUUUCAAUUUUUUUUUGGGGGGGAAGAAGGGGAAUUGUGGGUAGCUAGUAGACAGUCAGAUGUAAAGCGAUUGAUCAUCAGCGUGAUAUCAUUAUCAUCAA